AUGGAGGACCUGGUCCUGGAGUCCCGGGCAGAACGCAUCGCCCGCUACAAGGCAGCAAGGAGACAAGAGCUGGCUGAGCGUUUCGGACACACGGAUGAGUUUUUAGACUCCCGGCAGGCCGACAACGGAAGGGACGCACAAGACCCCGCUUCCCAAAAUGUCAACAGCAAGACAUACAGUGUUCCGAACGGAUCUGACAUUUCCAUGGGAACCACUUGCCAAAUAGGACAGGAUUCCCAGGAUGCAACGAGUAGGGGUGGGCAACUGGUGCAACAGCAGCAGCAGCUUCGCACUCGGGUGUCUGUGGGCCAGCUGAGGAGUGCUCUUAUGCAGCAGGCGGCAAAUGGAGCCGAUGCGGACAAAGUUAGUGCAGAAAAUGUGCCCCAAGCCGGGUCUUCUCUCGACCCAACGACAAAGCCUGUCUCAGAUGGGGCCCGUCGCCGCACCUGCCGUUACAUCGCCAGUGGAUUAGGAGGUGCCCGCAAGAACAACGAGCGCUUCCGGACACAGCCGAUCACAGCCAAUGAAAUGGAAGAGAGUGGCAGGCUGGAAGAGGCUGAGGGAGAGGAAACGUGUGAUGCUGACGAGAAAACGGAUGAAAGAGCGCAGAUGAGCGUGGCUGCCAAGAUGUCUUUAUUUAAAGAGAUGGAGAAGACGGCCGCCCCCGAAGCCUCGGCGUUCCUAAAGCCUCGUUCGGGAAGUGUCUGCCAUGAGCGCAGGCAGCGGCGAGGCAACGACCAUCGCUUCCUCACCCAGCCAAUCACCAGUGAGGAAAUGGUAGCCAUCAGCACCCUGCCGGACGCACCAGAGGAGAUGUGCCCGCCGCAGGAAGAGCAAGCGGAAACCGAUGACGAGGGCUGCAAGCUUAGCGUGAGCGAGAAGCUGGCUCUUUUCAACAAACUUUUCUUGCCCGAGGGGCCGGGUGCCGACGAAGCCCCCGAGAAGCGGAGGCAGAAGAACGCCCGCUACCGUACGCAGCCCAUCACGGUGGAUGAAGUCAGCUUGUUGCAGAAAGGCCCCGUGCAGCUCCCCAUCUUGUCUUUAGCCCCUCACCUGUGCGACAGACAGCAGGCCUCAUCAAACAACCUAAAGCCCAGCGAGCUGCGCCUCUCUUGCUCCAAACCCGACAUCAAUCCCGCAUCCUUCGAUCAGGGCAUGCAGCGCUGUGACUCGGAGCCCGGGAUCAUGGGGAGCCUGAGGAGGUGUCGCUCGGAGCGCACCAAGAGUUCCAAGGCGGAGCGCAAUGGCCCCGUUUCUCACAGAGACAUGCCAAAUGCGCGCACGGCUAGGCGGGAGGCCGUGGGGGAAGACCUUUGGGCAGCCGCCCCAUGGAGACAGAGGACACGUGGCCGGCGGGAAACCAAUGCCUAUAUGCCGCCGACGACCCACGCGAUGUUGAAACACACUAGCAGGCUCACAUCUGCAGUGGCAGAACACCGGCGUUCUGUGCGCCCGUCCCGGCGUACUCAGGGAUCCCGAAAUCCUCUCCGGGCUUUGGCGGCCCGCGAGGAUGUCAUGCAGGACUUUAUGGGGCUCAACGCAGCUGCCGAGGAGAGGAUCCAAACUGAGAAGAAUUCUAAGAAUUCGUCCAAAUCAAAUUCUGUCAGCUCCUCUCCGGAUCCUCAGGAGUGUCAUCCACCCUUCACUAGCCCCAUGUUGCUAUUUAUCAAAGGAAGGCAGCACGUGCAGGUCCGCCUGGCCCGGCCCUCGGCCAGCUCCUUAAACAGUGGGGGCUGCUACCUGCUGGUGACUACAGACAACUGCAUCCUGUGGAAUGGACAGUCGGCCAAUGACACAGAAAAAGCCAAAGCCCUAGAUUUGGCAUCUUUCAUUCAAAGCCACAAGGACCUGGGCUGCAAUGCUACCGGUGUCAUCCACUUGGAAGAGGGGCUCAACUCUGACAGUAGCCUGGCCACAGACUUCUGGAGCAUUCUGGGAGGAAAGACUCCUUACCCAGGUCCAAAACUGGAGGAUGAGCUUUACGAGCGUGGCAUUGUGGAGUCCAACUGUGUAUACAAGAUGCUGGACAACAGACUGGUGCCCCAUGAACAAGGCUGGGCCUCCAUGCCGAGCGUCUCCAUGCUGGAUUCCAAUGAGGCACUGGUGUUUGACUUUGGCGGCGAGGUCUAUCUGUGGCUGGGAAAGGACGUGCCAGCCGAACGUCAGAAGAUGGCGCUUCAGAUGAGUCGGCAGGUGUGGCUCGGAGCCUACGAUUACAGGAACUGCCGUGUCAAUCCGAUGGAUCCCACGCAGCCAGCUGCCGACACGCAGUUGAUGGGUGAGGGGCGUCCCAACUGGGCUCUCUUCGGUGUCAUCACGGAAAGCAACGAGACUGUUCUGUUCAAAGAAAAAUUUGUGGAUUGGACUGAAAACGAGACCAAGCCUUCCGACACCAACACUUCCUUGUCAAGCGAGGCGGCAGCAGACGGAUCCACCUGUAGCACGAUGGCCAACUCGGGCACAUCGGACCUGAGGACUGUGGGAUUGGACACGUGGCACGUCCAUGAGUUGGAUGAUGGCGAGGCACCCCUGGAGAGCGUGGGACAACUACACGAGGGGGACUCGUACGUGGUCCGCUGGACUUAUAACGCCGGGGACCAAUGUGAACACAGCACGGCUAUUUUCCUGUGGCAUGGACUUAACUCCAACAUGAUUGGACAGGACACUGCUGCUUUUCUUUCCACUGGGAAGAAUAUUAAUCAAGAAUCACAGGUUGUGGUUGAUGAAGGAAAGGAGCCUCUUUCUUUCCUUCAGCUUUUCAAGGGAGGUCUGGUUAUUCAUAAAGGCCGCAGAGAAGCCUCGUCUUCUCAUACAGGUGCUUGGCGCCUGUUUUGUGUCAGAGGGGAGCAUCCCGAUGCGGGCUCAUUGCUGGAAGUGGAAUGCUGCUGUGCCUCUCUGCGCUCCAGGGGCUCGAUGGUCCUGAUUAACGGCCAGCAGGCGGCGCUUUAUCUCUGGAAUGGAUGUAAAGCUCUUGUUAGGUGCAGGGAGGUGGCCAACAGAGUCGUAGAGCAACUCACUAAAGGGUGUCCGCAAGAACUGGGUCUGAGUAAAAGCAGUCUAGUGAAGAGCCAGGCUGUAGAGGAAGGUUCAGAGCCCACUGACUUCUGGGCGGCACUUGGACACAUGGACAGGGAAGCCUAUGACUGCAUGCUACAAGAUCCAUAUAAAUAUAACUUCACACCACGCCUCUUUCACCUGAGCGCCUCCUCCGGUGAAUUCCGGGCUGACGAGCUGUACAGUCCAUCGAGCCUGCCGGGCAUUGUGGCUGCGAUGCCCUUCAUCCAGGAGAGCCUGUAUGCUGCACCCCCUCCAGCCCUGUUCCUUCUUGACAACCGCUUUGAAGUUUACCUGUGGCAGCGUAACCCAGAAGAUGAGCAGGCGGACGGCUGUCACGGCGAGAGAAAGCGCGCCAUGGAGAUGACGCUGCAAUACUGCAAAGAUGUCAACCCGAGACGCCCACCACACGCCUACCUCUUCUUGGGGGGCUCUGAACCUUUGACCUUCACUAAUGUGUUCCCUCGCUGGGAGAGGACGCAGGCAGCCCUCACACAGGGCAAGCUGACCACGGUGCAGGACGCCCUGGACCAGCUCACCAUGACAAAACCAGGAUCAAAACAAACCAUCUUACCCGACAGAGUGGACUCGCAAGGCCCAGAAGACCACCUGUCAGCCCACAAGUUCCAGGUAGGCCCACAGUAA